GAAGACUUGACAGAUUUGUGUAGUCAAAAUGAGCCGAAACCUGAAAAAUGUCCUGGUCGUGUCUUUUGGAUUUUUAUCACUGUUUACCGCCUAUGGGGGACUCCAGAGUUUACAGAGCAGCCUAAAUUCUGCAGAAGGGAUGGGUGUGGCCUCUCUGAGUGUCAUCUACGCGUCCAUCAUCCUGUCCUCGAUGUUCCUGCCGCCCAUUAUGAUUAAAAACCUUGGCUGCAAAUGGACCAUUGUGGUCUCCAUGGCUUGCUAUGUAGCCUAUUCAUUUGGGAACCUCUACCCAGGAUGGGGUACCCUGAUCCCGACCUCCUUCAUCCUGGGGCUAGGCGGCUCCCCUCUGUGGUCCGCAAAGUGCACUUACCUCACCAUAAGUGGGAACCAGCAAGCGGAAAAGGACAACUCCAAGGGCCAGGAUGUAAUCAACCUAUACUUUGGAAUCUUCUUCCUGAUAUUCCAGUCCUCUGCAGUGUGGGGGAACCUCAUGUCCUCACUAAUAUUCAGCCAAGAUACAAACAUCGCCGAUAUUCCAGAGGAGAACCUGGUAUACUGUGGGGCUGGUAUCUGCACCCAGAAUAUUAGUGGAGGGGAAGCACCCAGGCCAGAGCAAAAGCUGGUUCACAUACUAGUCGGCUGCUAUAUAGGUGUGGGGAUUCUGGCCAUGAUUCUGGUGGCUGUGUUCCUGGAUAACAUCGACAGGGACUCGGCUCGCGAGUUCAGGGGGAACAGGGAGCCCUUCUGCAGCACCUUCCUGGCCACCUUCAAACACCUCCGAGACCGGAGGCAGCUUCUCCUCAUCCCCCUCACCAUGUACAGCGGGUUUGAGCAGGGCUUCCUCUCAGGGGACUACACCAAGUACUACGUGACCUGUGCCCUGGGCAUACACAUUGUGGGAUACGCGAUGAUAUGCUUUGGCGCCACCAAUUCCAUCUGCUCCUUCGUUUUCGGGAGGCUGGCCAAAUACACAGGGAGAGUGGCUCUGUUUGUCUUUGCCUCGGUGUUAAACUUCUCCUGCAUCAUCGGCCUGUUGUACUGGAGGCCCCACCCAGACCAGCUGCCAGUGUUCUUCGUGUUUCCGGCUCUCUGGGGGAUGGCGGACGCAGUGUGGCAGACACAAACCAAUGCUCUCUAUGGGGUUCUAUUCCCGCAGCAGAAGGAGGCAGCGUUUGCCAACUAUCGAAUGUGGGAGUCGGUGGGGUUCAUGAUCGCCUUCGCUUACAGCAACUUCAUCUGUCUGAACACAAAGCUCUACGUUCUGAUCGCAGUGCUGAUUCUCUCUAUGGUGCUCUAUGCAUGGCUGGAGUGGGAGGAACACAAGAACCCUACCCCAGGGGUGGAGUCCAGCCAUGCAGAUAAAAAAGAGGACUUGAUUUCACCGACGACAGUGGUUAAAGCUGAAACCAAACUGUAGAAAACUGGCUGCUGGACAGACAGUGACGAGUCUGCCAGAAAUACAAUAGCCCUACCUUUCCACGUCACCGCUAUUUUUACAUUUUUAUAACACAAUCUAAGCUUAUGUCCAAGGCCCAGUCCUUACGUGUAGUAUUUUGGCUUCACAGUCGAAAAAACUAAAACGUGUCCCAAAAAUACUUGUGCUUCAUUCCAGUGUAGACUUCAAAGUGAAGAUUUACUGUAUGUUUCAGCAUCUGUAAAAAGUGUUCUCUCCAGAAAAAAAAAAGUUUCUGUCAAUUUCAUUGGCCAUGGGCCCAUGGCACGGCAGUAUAUUGCAAAACUGCUUGGCAUGUGCUCAGACCUUAAUUAAAUCUAGCCUUCGAUGUGUUACUGGCAGGUCAAACCAUGGCACUGUGUCUUGCACUAAUUGCCUGUAUCUACAGUCAGAUAGAGUACAGGGAUUCAGACAUUUUGCAAAUUCCAUGUUAAUAUUGCAUUCACAGGUUUAAAUGAUGUUGCAGUUAUUCUGAGGUCCAUAAUGUAAUAUGCAUAUCAUAAGCCAGUGAGACUUGCACAAACAAUGUACCAUUACUGGGAAAAAUUCAUGGUCCUUUGUUUGGCCAGCUCUCGUGGAGCGGCAAAAUUGGCUCGCUGCUCCUGAGGGAGGGUCUUAGAGGAUCAGCACACACAACAGCACCCCAGGCACCUCGGCAUCAAGGUCACAAGCAUGAGACGAGACGGCUUGACGAAGGUGCGUUGCUCCCGGUUUGCCAGAUCCCUUUGGGCCGCCGAGGGUUAAGGUGUGGGCGGUGUAUCCCCCAGCUUACCCGAAUUGGAUUAGAUGGGGUACAAUUGGCUACCAAAAAUCUGAAAAAAAUAAAUUGUUCAAUGGCAAACUACAUUCCAACUUGGCUGUGCCCUUUGGUGUCCUAACACCUACGUGCUUCUAGCUGGUAUUAAAAGUUUUAUGUGCGUCUAACUCCUGACACUGAUGUACAUCUGGAAGUUCACCUUCCUGAUUUGGGAAUGAAACCUUAGUAUCUAAGCGACACCAAUA